ACGUUACAGCACUGUAAACUUUGAUCUCCCAACCUCGAGCAGAUUCACUGAAGUGAUGGGAUUUUCCGGUAACAGCCAGACAUGUUAUUUUUCAAAGCCAGUUGAAUGUUUGCUUCCUUUUGAUGACUCUGACAUGGUGUUUUUCCAUGAGUUUCUGAUUGAAAAACAAUGCCCCAUAAACUUGCUGGCUCGUGACUUGAUUGCAACUCUAAGGGCCGCAGUGGUUUGCUCCUUCUCAUACACUGAUGUGAUUUUCCCAAAUGGCAGGAUUGUUAGAACACAGAACUCCAACACAAACCAAAUGAACCAGACUCCGUGUAUUGAAGAACUAAAUGCUUUUGUGUGGUGGGGAAAUGUGCUGCAUUGUUCUGACAAUUCUUUGUCGGAUGUUGCAGAACGCUGGGACGGUUGGACAACUUCUCUCCGCCCCUACUCUACCCCAGCAGAUCCCCUACAUGUUACGCUGAACUAUCUGAGAUCCCCAGAACAGGUGUUUGACAUCGACAAAUAUCAGGAUGCAUGGGAAAUGACCAUGAAGCUGCUACAGGACACGUACAGCUCUGAUGAACUAUUGCUGUGGGUGAGUUGGUGCAACAUUUUCAUAGGGCCACAAGGGGUCGCCGCUGCAGCUAAACUACCUGAGGAGUUGCAGAUGCUGUAUCAGCUAGCUCCAGACAUGCAUCCCCACUUCACCUUAAAGGUCGCAAACGGGGAACAGGCAAAAAACCUGGGGCCCAUGGUGAAAAAAGCAGUUGAAGCGACAGAUUGGCAGAAGGUGCAGGGCAGUCCUCACAUGGAAUACAGCCCAGGUUGCAACACCUACAAACUCAUUUAUGAGGGGAAGAUGGCCACGGCUGAGGUUGUGAACCAACCGCAGUACCCGCUUUCGCCUGAGAAGGUUGACGGCAUCAGAGGUACUAUCUCCGGUUUGUUGUCGUCCGGUGUCUUGGUUCCCUGUGACUCUCCCUACAACACCCCGAUCACACCUGUAGCGAAGCAUGGUAAACAAACCUAUCGCUUGGUGCAUGACCUGAGGAAGAUAAACUCUGGACUAAAAUCGACUCAUUAUGAUACGCCCAACCCCUACACAAUGCUUUCAAACCUUGAGCGGGACUUCAAAUGGUUCACUGUUAUGGAUCUCUCUAAUGCCUUUUUCUGUGUUCCGAUCCAUCCAGACUGCCAGAAGCUGUUUGCUUUUACCUUUGAGGGUCAGCAGUAUACCUAUACCAGGCUGCCGCAGGGUUUGACGGACAGCCCCUCGCUUUUCAAUCAUGUGCUGCAGAGGCUGAUGCAGGAUUUUGACCAUCCCUUGCUGGAUAGGUGCAGCAUCCUGCAAUACGUGGAUGACAUCCUUUUGGCAGGCCCCACGGAACAAGAGGUCUGUCAGUUGAGUGCAGAUUUUUUGACCUGGUUAAACUCUAAAGGGUUCAAGGUCUCCAAGGAGAAGAUGCAGUGCUGUCGUGCCAGGGUCGUUUUUCUGGGGAGAAUUAUCACAGCACAGGGGUGGGGAUCACAGACAGUCACAAACAGAGCAUCCUUGACCACCCAAAACCACACACGGUAUGUGAAAUGAUGUCCUUUUUGGGCUUAGCAAACUACAGCAAGAACUAUGUUCCUGACUUCACUGCAAUUGUAGCUCCCAUGCGCAAACUUCUCACAGAGGCAGGGCACGGUCAUCUGAAAGCACCAUUAGUGUGGACAAGUGAGGCAGAGCAGGCACUUGUUCUUCUAAAACAACACCUGAAUGAGGCUGCGGAACUAGCAUCCCCUGAUCUAACAAAAAUGUUUGAGCUAGAUGUGAAGGAAGAAAAUGGUUUUGUUUCAUCAGUUUUGUGGCAACCUGGUACUAUGGGCAGGAGAGUGUUGUGUUACUAUAGUACGAAGCUGGAACCGGUGGAGAUGGGACAUCCAACAUGCACCAGGGCUCUGUGUGCAAUCGCUAAAGCGUUAAAAGGAACAGCCUACGUCACUCGUGGUCGAGAUGUCAGGGUUCACACUAGUCACACUGUAGCAAGCUACAUUUCGAGCAGCAGAUUCACACUAGGAAGGAAGCGAACGGGCAAGCUCCAGGACAUCCUGCUCCAACCCAAUGUUUUCUACGUAGGGACCGAAUCUAACAUGGCAGCUCCCACAUCGGACCACUCACCCCACGUUUGCGAAGCUCUGGUGAGAGAUGAAAUGAAUGUCUUCCCUUCUGUUUUAACAGAACCCAUUCCAGGUGUCAUUGACGUUUUUACAGAUGGUCACAGCCACGCUACCCAGACAGGGGGGAUCGUGGCCUCCUAUGCUGUUAUCUGCAAUGCUGUCGAUCUCAACCUUUUUUCAAGGGGCACAUGGCACACCGUGGAAGCUAAGGUCAUCCCGCCUCCGGCGUCGGCCCAGCUAGCAGAAAUAAUCGCUGUGAUCCGCGCUUGCGAACUGCAUGAAGGUAAAAAAUUAAACAUCUACACUGAUUCGGCCUAUGCAGUUAGAACAGUGCAUGUUGACCUAAAACACUGGUUAAGAACUGAUUUUUUAACCACAGCCGGAAAACCUGUCAAACACAUUGAUCACAUGCUGCGCUUGAAAGAAGCCUUGACGAAACCUGAAUGCGUGGCGGUUAUUAAAUGCGCGGGUCAUCAAUCGGGGGCCUCAAAAAUAGUAAUGGGGAAUAACGCUGCUGAUGCGGCCGCAAAAGCAGUAGCUGUUUAUAAAAGAACUGUAAAAGCAAAAGCACAGAUGGUUCAGUCCCCCGUUGUUGCACGGGACACGGGGCUGGUGGAAGUCAUUGACAUGCAAAAAGCCGCAGCACCCCAGGAAAAACAGGCAUGGGUUGGAAAAGGGGCAAAACAGGAUGAACAGACGGGUGUAUGGAGGUCACAUAAUGGGAGACUUGUGGCCUCCUCUGCACUUCUGUUGCUUCUUUGUGAAGAAGCGCACCACAGGGGCCACCAGUCCAGUGGAAAAAUACUAAGGCUAAUUAGCCAAAAAUGGUGGCACCCUUUCCUCAAGGAUGUUUGUAAAUAUUUUGUAAAUACUUGCUCCAUUUGCUGCCAUUAUAACCCAAAGCGAACAUUGAAAGUUGGAAUGGGAGCAUUUCCUGUUCCCAGCAAACCUUGGCAGGAGGUUGUUAUUGAUUUUGUGGACAUGGGAAAAGACAAAAGGGUGAAAGGAUGUAGAUAUUUGCUUGUUUGUGUUGAUACUUUCACCAGGUGGGUUGAAGCCACGCCCACCAAAACAGAAUCUGCACGAGAGGUCAUUAAUUGGCUAAUUAAUGACCUGAUCCCACGUUAUGGUGUUCCACUCAGUAUCCGUUCAGAUAACGGAACACACUUCACCUCAGACUCCUUAAAACGAGUAGAGGAGUAUUUUGGGAUCAAACAGAAGUUUGGCUCAGCCUACCAUCCGGCCUCUCAAGGGAUUGUCGAGAGGACAAAUCGCACAAUCAAAGAGCAACUGGCUAAAGUUUGUGCUGAUACUGGAAUGACAUGGCUGACUGCGCUGCCAUUGGUGAUGUUCUCAAUUAGAUCAUCACCCACUGAUCGCAUGGGGCUGUCUCCCCAUGAACUUUUGACAGGAAGGACGAUGCCCUGUCCUUUCACUUCCUCUCUCCAACAGGGCUGUGAACCCAGUUUGGAACUACAACAAGAGGAGCUAACGCAUUAUGUCCAACAAUUGCAGUCUGCUGUGAAGUUUUUGUCUCACAACACACAGGAAGCCCUGACCGGAGAACCAAAGGGAGAGACUCCGGAGCAGAUUGCCCCUGGGGAGUGGAUAUACAGAAAAGUGUUCCACAGAACGUGGAAAGACCCCAGGUGGAUUGGACCCUUUAAGGUGGUAAGCUCAACCACUUACAGUUUGAAGGUUUGGCUCGACGAAGCUGAAACCAAGGUAAGCAGAUCUUGGCACAAAUCACACUGUAGAAAGGGCACACCUUCCACAGAGAGAAACCUCAGAGAGAUCAGAAAGCACCUGAGGGAUAUUGGAGAAAAUAUUGAGGAGUAAGAAUGUUGCUGUGCUGCAGCAAAAUAUCGAGGGGAGGACGGUCUAGGUUGAUUUUAUUUUUCUUCGUUUCUGGUUUAAUCUAUGCUGAACAAACUCAUUUUGAUACCACAACCUCCCGCAUGAACGAUUCUAGAUCGUUUGUGCACAGGGCCAAGCGCGAUGCGCCGGUGUGGAAAAGAUCGUCGGAUCCCUGCAUCAAAUAUUACGGUGGCUUAGAGUUAAACUAUACUCUGGGUAGCUCAGUAACUUUCCAAUUCGAUCUCUGUGACGUCAUUGACUGUGGGGAGGACCCUACAUCUUGGAGGGGUUAUGACGUUUACAUGUGUCACUUCCUGUAUGGCGCACCUGUUGGGGGCACAUGGUGUCCCCGAUGGAGUUAUGUGGGCUGGAACACUGGCCCAGGGGGGUAUGUAGCACCACAAUCAGGUGACUUGAAAGAACUACAGGAAAAGAAAAUUGGGCUGAUGAGGGGGCAACUGACCACGACCUCCAUGGGGGGGAAGACAUGGGGUUAAAUCCAUUGCUACUGAGUGUGACGGACCUUAGGCAGAACGUGUAUUACUGCGGCAAACACCAGCUCAAUAACUGUCAGAAACAGGGGGAUAAAGGGUUUUACCUUAUUUUGGGGGUGGAAGCCACAGGCGUAGAUACUAAAGGGCUCAUACGCUUUAAUCUGUUGGGCUCGCAUCACCCUAAUUAUCGAGCUAAGGACCCAGUACAGACAGCCCGUGUGCGGGCUUUUGAUAGCACUAAGAUUUCAUACUCACAACAGCUGCAAUUAGCUACAGGGUACUCCCAGAAAAAUACCUGGCUUCUGUUGAUUCAGGACGCAGCCUAUAAAGCCCAGAAGGGAAAUUGCAUUGUAUGUGCACAGGCCAGACCAAAUCUGAUUCUUACUGAAACCGCUUUUGAAUACACAACCAAUGGUUCCAGCCCAGCGACAAAUUCAAGUGAUAUCGACUGCCUACUUCAGGUUAUGUCCAAUGAUAAUCUGAACUCGAGAUGUGCUGGAUGGGAUGCCAUUUUUCCAGUGGCCCCGCAAAACACUACGCCCCCCAUCUUCCAACCGACAAUGUUAACGAAGGUGACCUGCUUUAAUAAUGGGAACGCUGCAGACGGGCACUUUAGAGUUGGUCGUCUGUCACCAAAAUACUGUGUGAUUACUUACGACCUGACAGGGGUUAGAACUGCUGGACAGUUACUGGUGAACAGGGCUGACGUGUGGUGGUAUUGCGGUGGUGACACCCUGCGGGGUUGGCUGCCUGUGAAUUGGAGGGACCGAUGUGCUUUAGUUUCCCUGCUGUCACCUAUCCAGGUCGUGUCCGAAGCGGACUGGCCAGCAUCCUUGGGGGAUGUUACCCGUAACCAUGUCAGGAGACGAUCUGUAGAGCUAUUUAAAGAUUCACCUGUGUGGAUUGAUGCAAUCGGCAUCCCGCGUGGGGUGCCCGAUGAGUAUAAAUUGGCCAAUCAGGUUGCAGCGGGGUUUGAAUCUAUAUUUAUAUGGAUCACCCCAAACAAAAAUAUUGAUCGAAUUAACUAUAUACAUUAUAAUGUACAAAGGCUUUCGAACCUUACUCGAGAUGGGUUUGAGGCAGUUCAUGGACAGCUUUCUGCCACAUCCUUAGUCGCCUAUCAAAAUAGAUUGGCUUUGGACAUGGUCCUGGCAAAGGUGGGAGGGGCGUGUAGUAUAAUCGGCGAUGCAUGUUGUUCUUUUAUCCCAAAUAACACAGCUCCUGAUGGAUCCCUAACAAAAGCAAUAAGGGGCCUGCAGUCUUUGUCAAAGGAGCUAAACGCUGACUCUGGAAUAGAAAACAAAUUCACUGCGGUGAUGGAAAAAUGGUUUGGAAAGUGGGGAAGUUUUGUCGUGAGUAUAUUCUCUUCUUCUGUCAUUGUUGUUGCAAUGUUUGCUGUCUGUGCCUGCUGUUGUGUGCCGUGCCUACGGGCACUGUUUUUCAGGUGCGUGGACAAGGCUUUGGGAGCCCAAGCUGCGAGAGGGUGGGCCGCUCCUCUUGCCUACCAGAUGUCGAUGGUUCAGUCAUCGGCUCCUUUGCACAAAGGAGCCGAUGAGGGGGAGACUGUGAUCCGGCUUUUAAGCCCCACAGACAACGAUGUCUGAACUAAGAGGGGAGAAAACCUUCUCUCCUAAUAUCCUUUAUGCUUCGAUUUUUUAAACAGUGAUCAACAUGAUUAAGAAUAGAAUCGGAACAGAUACAGUGUGAAGUAGAUGAUUAAGAUUAUUAUGGGGGAGGACAUACAAGGUGAAAUGAAGCGAGUUAACCGGAUCUUCUUCUGUAGCAUAAAGCCAAUCAAACUUUUUAAUACCUAGAAAUGUUAAUUAUUUUAAGUCAGAGCUGUAAUUAGUGAGCUGUAAGAGGGUCAAACGCAUUCAGACAAGAGGUUCUGGUCUGAUCACAUUGAGAUAAGGACGCCACUAAUUUGAAGGAUUUUUAAGCAAUUUAUAUAUAUACAGAAAAAUCACUUAAAUUAUUUCUGCAAGGUCUAAAUGUGUUAUGCAAGAAAGGCAUGGCUAAAGAAUGAUUUAUGUCCUCCCAUAUUAGAGCCACGCUUGAAUGUCAAAUUGUCUACUGUGUAUAACCAUUCCUUCUCCAGAGGAGGACCACGCCUGGUUGGAAGACAGAAGGAACAUCCAGAGGUGGAAAAGAGGACGACUGUUAGGAUCUACAUUAACUGAUUCACAUGAUGCUUAGACAGCCUGCGGGCUGUCCUACCACUGAUCCGGGUCUGGUUGAUCUUCCUUAAUGAUGUGUCAUUUAGGCACAUCAUGGGGGGGUCUGUAAGGAUAUCCUCGGAUCAGUGGUGGGGACAGCCUGACUGGGAGCCACAUGGCACACUUAGUUAAGCACUAACACAAAGGUUGGCACAUAUCUGUCAGAUAGCACCCUGGUGGUGACACAUUUUCCCUACUGAUGACACAGUCAGGAAGCGUACAGCCCUUGCAGGGGCGUGUACCUAGAUCUCUAUAUAAUGUAUAUGUGAUGAGCAGUCGGCGCGUCUUGCCGAUCAAGAGCCCAUCAGCGCUGGUGUGAUUGUAACCAUUUCUCUGACCUUGUGGGAAUUAAAUAAUAGAAAUAUA